CAGGAUGCGGGUAAACGCUAAGGGGUCGGUGCAAGAAAUGGAUCUGAUCGAUGAUAUCCAACGGCUUGCAAUAGCGUAUCACUUUGAAAAGGAGAUCGACGAGGCAUUACACCGUAUGUAUGAUGAAUAUACAAAUGUUCAUUAUGAUGAUUUAUAUGAAGUUGCCCUACGAUUCCGACUACUAAGGCAAGGCGGCUACAAUGUGUCUUCUGAUGUUUUCAACAAGUUUAAAGGUGAGGAUGGAAACUUCAAAGCAAUCCUUAGCAGUGAUGUGAAGGGUCUUUUAAGCUUAUAUGAAGCUGCAUACUUAAGAAUACAAGGAGAAGAUAUAUUGGAUGAGGCUAUUGUUUUCACUAGUGGUCUCCUUAAGAGGAUCGUGGCCCACCAUCAUGAUCAUCCUCUUGAUGCAAAGGUACGGAGGGCCUUAGAGCUUCCCUUACACAAGCGCAUUCCAAGGCUGGAGGCAAGGUACUUUAUCUCGCUCUAUCAAGAAGACAAGUCUCACAAUGACGUGUUGCUAGAGCUUGCAAUUUUGGAUUUUAAUCUUCUACAGUCAUUGCACCAAAGAGAGUUGAGGGAUCUCUCAAGGUGGGAAGUUGAGGCCGCAGAAGGGCUCCCAGAGUACAUGAAGGCUUGCUAUCUUGCGCUACUGAAUACCGUCAAUGAAAUAGAGGGUCAGAUGAUGCCGGAUGAAAAACAUUACCGUACAAACUGGAUAAAAAGUGAAAUGAAGGUGCUGGUCCAGGCCUACUUGGAUGAAGCAAGAUGGAUGAGCAGUAAAUACAUGCCUACAUUAAAAGAGCAUCUUGAUGUCUCACUAGUUAGCGCCGGUUACAUAUUUGUCUUUGGCGUUGCUUGUGUUGGCAUGGGAGAAGAGGCCACUAAAAAGGUUUUCGAUUGGAUGACUGCCCAUCCGAAAUUCGUUAUGGAUUUAUCGGUUAUAGCCCGGAUCGGAGAUGACAUUGCAGGCCACGAGUUCGAGCAAGAAAGGGAUCAUGUUGCUUCAACCGUUGAGUGCUACAUGAAGGAGCAUGGCGUAUCAAAGAAAGAAGCAUGUAUCAGUCUUCAAGAAUGAUUACAAACGUGUGGAAGGACUUGAACGAGGCAUUCCUUAGACCGACAGUUAUCCCGUCGUCACUUCUUCUUCGAGGCCUCAACCUUGCACGUGUGAUGGAAGACCUGUACGUACAUGGAGAUGGAUAUACUCAUUCCAACAAAGAGACUAAAAAGAAUGUCAUGGCACUGUUUGUUGAUCCCAUCCCCAUUCCAAUGUGAAAAUGGGAGUGCCACUGUCAUUCAUUUUCUCAUUGCUUAAAUAAGGCUCUACAAUCACCUAAGCUGUACUCUCACCUGUUCCAUGGUGCUGUUUGGUUAACUGAAAAAUAAAGUCUGAAAAUUAAUUUAGGUGCUGAAUUUUAGUAUUUAUUGAAAAAUCUGUUUGAUAAUUUGUUGGAAAAAAGUACAAAUAUCUUAUAUUAAGCAUAUUAAUACUUUUUUUUUUUCCAUGAAAAUCUGUUUGGCAAGCGCAAAUAAUAA